AUGAAGAAGAAGAAGAAACUGUGUGACGAAAGCAAAAGCAAGGAGAAUGGUGAGCUCAAUAGCAAUGAAGGUGAUUCACCUUUGGCUAGAGUUGAGUCAGGAGAUGGUAAUGCAGGUUUCAUUGACACUGAAGUUGAUGAUCAAAGCAAAAAGAUGGAGAUAAAGAAGAAAGCUGCGGCACAUACUGUUGAAUCACCUAAUCUUGGUUCAUCCCAACCCAAACGGGUAACUUUUUCUGAUAAAGUGGAAGUUUGUUGUGAUGGCUUAGUGCGUGGGAAAUGGUUUACACCAGAAGAAGAUGAGAAGAUUAAAUUGGCUGUUUAUGACUAUAUUGAGUCUCAUGGUUUGGGAGACGAAGGUCUAGACAUGAUUCUCCAUUGCAAAUCACAUCCUGAAGUUAGAGAAUUUUGGAAGGAAAUUGGAGCAGCCUUACCCGAGAGGUCUAAUGAUAGUGUCCAGGAACAACAUGGAUCUGAUUGGGAAUCAGUAGCUGAAGCAUUGGGUGAACCUCGAUUUCAUGUAAAGGAUGCAUGGCGUACAAUAAAAUUAAUGAAUACAAAUAAAGGGCGAUGGACCCAAGGGGAGUAUAAAAAAUUAUUUGAUUUAGUAAACCUGGAUCUACGUCCGAGGGCUUCAGAUGGAUAUAGAUCAAAACAAGAUAUGUUGCGAGAUAAUAUUGGUUGGGAGGCAAUUGGUGAUAAAUUGGCCACAAGAAGCAGAACACGCUGCUGCAAAAAGUGGUAUGAGCAAUUAACAUCACCUAUGGUUGCUAGUGGUGUGUGGAGUGAUACUGAUGACUAUCGCCUGAUAAGUGUUUUAUUUACUCUGGAUCCUUGCAGCAUGGCAGAGGUAGAUUGGGACAAUCUGCUUGAGCAUAGACCUGGUGAUGUAUGA